AAAAUAAUAAGCUGAGUAUAACAAAAUCCAUAGAGACGUGAUGAAGUCUACAACAGUCGCCAAUGAAAAUCCAAAACCCUUUGCCAAUUCGAUGCAAUCGAAUGUGGGAAUGAAUGUCGACGGCGACGGCGACGGCGACCACGAAGUAGUCCAAUAGUUUUUAAUUGGUAGUAGAAUGUUCAGAACUCCGACAACUAGUGUUGGCGGCAACGGCGGUGGUAUCCCGUUAACUACCACCUCCUCCUCUCAAUCACCAAACCCGUCGGGCACUGGUGAUCAAAGUCACCAUCGGUCUGCUGCUUCGAGAGCUAUCCAGUUUCACCCGGCCAAACCCGCCAUCAUCGACCUAUUCAACCUGUAUCUCGGUAGAAAUGGCCGCCAUAAGUCAGACGAUUCGAUCCGAGAACCUCCGAACAAGACACAAAAGCGAGUUAUUGCCCUCAAUAGAGACAUCCACAUUCCUCCAUGCGAUGGGCAGUUUCUUUUAGACUUUGAGCAACUUCAGACUCAGUUUCCUGGUCAAGAACAACUGCGUGCUGUGUUGGAGUCUGUGUUUGUAUCUAUGGUCAUCCAGUGUAGUGGUCAUGCACCAAGAUCAGAGUUUCUUCUUUUUGCUUUGCGUAGUUUGUACAGUAUUGGUUCGUGGAAUUGGAUCUCCAUCUCAAUCAGCAAAUGA